AGCGCCUGGGCCUUUCCAGAACCUCCACGCUCGCCUUCCCUCCUCCCUUAGCAACCGCGAGGCUGUGGAUACCGCCAGCGGGUGGGGGCCCGGGAGGCACGGGGCAGCUCUGCGGCGGCGGCGGCCCAGCUCAGGUGGCCCGCGCACGGGCGACCGCAUUGCGGAGCCACCCCGCGAGCACAAGUGUCGCUGCGCCAGCGCGCACAGGGCCGCGCGCACAGGGCCCCGCGCACCCGACCUCCGCACCUGCCGUGGGUCCAAAAGGGAUGCUGCAAAAAUGAGCCAUUCUCACCCGGCUGGAUUGCUUGCAGCAUAUAAUAGUCUUACCGAUAAACACCUGACUGGAUAUUUUAAUAACACAAGGAUAAGGCGGCAUCUGUUAAGAUCAGGGCUGAUCACAAGAAGUGGAAGAAUACUUUCUGAAAAAGAAUACAAGCUAAAUAUCAUGAAGAGGGAUCACCAAAAAUAUAUCCGGGAGUGCCUAGCUCAGGCUAUUUUCCAUAAGGUUCUUGAUAUGGAGCGGUAUCAUCAACUUGAAAUAAAAAAAAAACUGGAGACGUUAGCUAGGAAGGAGCGAAUUCAGAGAUUUAAGGGAGAACCCACAAGAUGGUCUAUAGAAAAUAACAUGCCAAUCCUGUCUCCCCAUCCCCCAGUUGGCCCAAAGACUAACCGUGGCCAUAGUGUCCUGGUUGAUGAAGGACAUUCCAGUCCAGUAACACUGACAGCCCCUCGACCAUACACUGCCCCAGGAAAUAUGCAGCCUCCAAUUCGAUUAAAGCCUCUUCCCAGUAAUCCUGCGGUAGGAACUGUUCCAAAGAUAACUUCGGGGUCCAGAUCGAAAACCUCAUUGCUGGAAAAUGAAGCUCCAUUUCCCAUUGGGGGCAAGAAGGCAGUGAUGAAGUUCAGGAACUCCAUGGACAAUUCACAGGGAGUGAAUCGCUAUCAACUUCCAAACAUUAACAAUUACACGAUGCCUAUUCCUCCUGCACCUCCUCCCCCCAGUGGAAGAAUCAUAAGGGAAAAUAGACUUGAGUCAUGGAGAAGGAGAAGAUUUCGUCCAACCACUGCUCCAGAUGGCUUAGAUCCUCUCUUUACCAGGGAUUCAAGAAAGAUUCAUAAAACACCACCGCACAGUAAUGCAGCUAUUACAAUGAUCUAUUUGGGGAAAACUGUGCACCUGUCUCAUGAUCACCCAGACUUUCGGGAUGAAAUAAAAGUUUAUCAACAGCAUUGUGGUGGGGAAAACCUUUGUGUUUACAAAGGCAAACUACUUGAAAAAGAGACCUUUCAGUUUGUUUCCAAAAGGCACCAUGGUUUCCCCUUCAGUCUCACCUUUUUCCUGAAUGGGAUGCAGGUGAACAGGUUAAGCUCCUGCUGUGAAUAUAAGCAUCGGAAAGGUUCCAGACUUGGAGGCAAACGAGGCUACUUCGGGUUUGUGUGCGUGCAGAGAUCAUCUCCUUGUUACAAGUGCAUUAUUGCAAUGGGCCUUGACAAAAAUCCAACUUCACCAAAGCCUAAGAGAGAAAAGAGUAUGGAGAAGAGAGAAGAACUGAAGAAGGGUGAGGGGAAACUGAGGAAGGAUGGAGGGUACAUGAUACCGAGAAGGAGUGAGAUGGAGGGGAACAAAACCGCUUCAGUCAUUUUUUCAGCUCAAGAAGAAAAAACGGGGAUCGUAGAAGUGAGAACAGCUGUGGAGGAAAUGGAACUUGAAGGAAAACCAGGACAAGAUGUUUGGGGAGAUGCCCAGGAAAAUAUAUUUCAAUACGAAUAUGAAGAAGAUUUUGAAGUAGAUGAGGAGAAACAAGAUGAGAAAGCUAAUGAAGAAGGACAGGCUGAUGAUCAAAUGAAUGAGAUGUCAAAGUCACCCUCAGAUGAUGAAAAAGAUCAUUUAGACCCUGAAAAGGAAAGUGAAACCUUGUCGCAGAGGGCAGCAGAUGCUGAUGACAAUAUGAAGGAUGAAGGGGAUGGAUGCUGUGACAGUGAGCUAGAGGAGGAUAAACAAGAUAUAAAGACUGUUUCAUCAUCUUCAUCCAGAAGUCGCCCAUGUUCUAGUUGCAGUGAAGAUGAGUCUGCACCGGGAGAUAGAGGGGCCCACGCUGAAAACAGCCCGAACAGAAGGGCCAGAAGUUCAUCUUCUCAGGAGUCAAGUGAAAGUGAUGAGCCAGGAAAAUCCCACCUUCCAACUGAGGAUUACUUAGAAGUUGAAAUUGAAGACCAAGAAUUCAUAACAGCAGAUAUAGAGACCAAGCCUCUGCCCACAGAGGAACGCUUGGAGAAUGUUCUUGAAGAAGAAAUGGAGAAAGGAACCCAAGUGAUUGCAGAGGGCUUAUCUGAGAAGUCCAGGGAAUGUGUUUCCACAGAAGAAAAAGAAAAGGAUAAGAGUAGGUUUUGGGAAGGAAGCACUGCUAAGGUGAAGGACAAAAAGGCAGGUCCCCGUAGGGUGGAAAAAGAUGUUGGACAGACUGUUGCUGAGGCUGUGGAACCUGGUAGCCACCGGCACUAUGGCACCGAGUCUGGUGUUAGCAGCACGGACGAGGAGAAGCACUCGAGGAAGCUGGAGAUUGACACGGGUGCAGCACCACACAGGAAUUUCGAGGAACGAGCAACACUCAGCUCAGACGCGGAAUCCAAGCAAGGUGCAUCUGAAGCGUACACACUGGAGAAGAAAGAAGCAGUGGAGGGUGAUGGACUUCCCCAGCACAGGGAUGCUGACACAACCAAAGAGAAAGGGGGUGCAGCCCAGUGGGGAAAAGCAGGGGUUAAUGAUGUUCCCUUGGGGCAGGGGAAGUCAACAGCCCCAGCUUUAAUAGGACAAUUUACUGAGGAAAGAGAGAUCCCUCGGGGCAUAGCAAGUGGGGCAGAGGCAGAAGCAGAAGGGGAUCCAAGGCUGGAUAAAGAGGAGUUAAGCCCCAGGGGAAAAGAAGCCACCAGAGCCUCUGGAGGUCUGAAAGAAGACGAGGCUCCUGAAGAGGCGGCCUUGCUGCCCACAGUGCUGGAGACUGAGAAGGCGGCUGCCGAGGAGGAGCGGGGCUCCCAGAAGGCAGUGCUUGCACGUGAGGCAGCAGCUCCAGACUCAGAGCGUAUUCAGGAGGCCGCAGCCAUGAGGGAGGCAGUGACACUAGAGGAGAGAGAGGCUGAGAGAGGUGAGGCCGUGAGUGCUGCAGGGUCUGAAAAGCCCGAGGUGAACAGUGAAGAGCAAGCAUCUACAGACCUAGAGGACCUGGGAGCCGCGGGAGAUGCUGCCUCUGAGAGAGAAGCUGGUUCAGAAGAGGCAGUGCUUGGGGGAGAGGAACCGGCCGAAGACAGGAAGGCAGCUUUGGGACCGCGGACACCCUUGAGCUCCUCAACUUGGGAGAAGGCUGAGGCAGCCCCGACGGGGCUUUCGGAGGACAGCCUGGAAGAGCUUUGUAGGGAAGAUGCUGACAGGGGGGAGGUUGGGACUGAGGCAGAAUCUAAUAAAGAAGAUGACAAGAAAGAAAUGCUACCCGAGGAAUUAGGUGUAGCAAGAGAGAGGACGAAAGCGGAGAGGCCAGAAUCACCUCUGGAGGAAACUGAAUCUGAGAGGGGAGAGGUGACCAGGGCAAAUGCACGGCCGGGUGAAGACAUUUUAGAAGAAGAGCACAAGUUUAAAGGGGAAGAGCAGGAAACCGCGAAGGAAGUGAGAUCUGAGGAAGAGACACAAGUCUCCCAAAAUGAAAUGGAGUGUGAUGCCGAGGGCGAAGCAGCCAUGGGGCCCUUGGAGUUGACGGACGACGCAGGGCCGCAAGGAGGAGAUUCACUGAGAGAGAGGUGGGGGGCCAUGUUUGAAGCGGCACCUGGGUAUGAAGAGUCACUGGAAAACACAACUGCUCUGAAGAAACAGGAAGGAGGGGAAAGCCUGAGGGAAGCCUGGGACCCAGAGCACAAAGGCAGAGCCGCGCCGCUCCCCAGGGAGAACGGGGCUCCCUCGGGGCCGGACCAGGGGCCGGGCCCUGAGGGGGAGGGUGUGUCAGGAGCUCCUGAAACGGAGCUAGCAGGAAAGGGGCAGGCCCCGGAGGCAAAGAUCGCAGCCCCAGGUGGGGCCCAGGAGCGCGCGGCCAAAGAUCAAGAUGGCCUCGCUGGACUGGAAGGAGGGGAUGAGGAAGGGCCUCUGCAAAGGCAGCAAGGAGCGGAGGUCACAGCGAUGACCCAAGAAGAUGUUUCCGAGGAAGGUUCCGUGAUGGCAGAGAAGCUGAGUGAAGAAGCUGGGGAUGAGGAGGCAGAUAAAGAGUGCGCUCCGGGGCCAGGAGUGACGAGGAACGGGGACACGGAGGGGGACGGGAGCUUGCAAGGAGGCGCGGUGGUGGCCGAGGGAGAUCUCCACCAAGGAGAAGAAGCGGCAGGAACGGCCGCAGAGAAGAGGGAGGUGUUGGCAGAUUUGCAGACAGCUGAGGGGAAAACAGGGGCAAAGAAAGCCUCCUCCCUGUCAGAUGUUGCUGGCAAGGACACUUGGCACAAAGUGGAGGAGGUACUAGGGAAACCGGCAGCUGCCGAGAAGGUGGUGGCAGGGGAAAGAGCGCCGAGCAGGGAGGAGGAGCCGGCGGUGGAGGAGGUGACGGGGACGUGGGCACCAGAGGCUGACGUGGGGGCUCCACGAGAACCUUCAGGCCCGGGAGGGCAGGCCCCGCAGCUAGGGCAGGGUCCAGAGGGCGGGGGAACUGAAACCGCGCAGCGGGCAGAGGCGGUGGGAGAGGAGCCCGGCCCGGGGAGCGGAGACGAAGCACGGGAGUUGGGUGCGGGCGGAGAAUUCAGCCCAGGAGUGUCCCGAGGGAGAAAGUCGGAGCCUAGGGGAGAGAGUCUGCAGGGCGUGCAAACGCUCCCUGUAAAACCUGAUGACACGGAAAGCCAAGAGAGGCAAGCGCUUACAGUGCAAAGAGAAAAAGAGCAGGUGCAAAGAGAAAAAGAGCAGGUGCAAACGCAGAUGUCUCCUUGAACAACACGAAGGCCUAAGGGACUUUGGGGCAGAAGGAUAUUUGAGAGAUGUCUUCUGGAAGAUUUAAAGACUGGAGAAAGAUUAACCCAAGCAUCUCACUUAGAACUUUGGAUUCUUACCUUUUUUUUUAAAUCCUCGUGCUUGUCUGAGCUGGUUCCCUGUCUAGCAGUGCUGGUCAGGUGCACAGUGAGCACCUUGAAAGUAACUGGAUCCAUCUGUAGGACCCUCUUUAGGGGCAGCGGUUCCUAAUGGAGGACUGUGAGGCUGUUAGGUACUCAACAUAGCUAACGUAUCUCUAUUCAAAUCCAACUGAUAGUUUUCCAAAUGUUUGACUUUUACCAAAGAUCACCCAAAAGGCUCGGUCUUCACAUCUGGGGUUAGUUUAAAUUCCUUUUUUUAUUUAUAAUCAAAUAUUAGUUCCGGUUUCACACAUUAGAGUUUUACUUAAAGUCUGUGGCUUGGGGCUUUAAUGACUUAGUUUGUGAAAAUGAGCUCUGAAGGUCCUUCCGUGUACACUCAAUACUAAAGAUUGCACCAGCCCUGUAAAUCCUUCCAGAAAGGGAUUCUAUGGCAUGUAGAUUCACUUACACUUAGAAAUAUUUAUUCAUCCUAUUUAUGCCAGAAGAGUACAGUGGCAAUCUUAUUUCAAAAUGCCCUUUGCUUUUUUUUUUUUUUUUGUAUGUGUUUCUGUCAUUUUGCUUUCUAAGGUAGACUUAAAUGCUUGUCGCAUUUUGUCCCUGGGGCCUUAUUUAUAGGUCCAUUCAAAUGUAAAUCAAAGUAGUAAAUAAUUUAGCUGACUGAAAUGAGUAACAAUAAUGAUAGCAGGUAAACAUUGCACAUCAGCACAUACAUCAACAUUCUAGACUCCGGAUUCUUUGGUUGAUGUCAUUUGAUGGAAAAGAAACUUGGAUUAAAUUAGUGUGCUGCUCACCUGCCCAAGUUCUGUUACUUCAAACCUGUGAACUAACCUUGCAGGGCAUUGUAAAUCAACAGUCAAGAUCACUUUCUAAAUUACCCAUUGAUAUUACUAGAAAUAGCUGUGCAUCAGUGUGCCUACUGGGGAUUUUGAUUUCCUUGAAGAUGUCUUUGUUCCUAUACCAGUACUCUAAAGGGCACAUAUGUUUGGCCAUCUUUUCUCCCAUGAGGAGGUGAAACAAAAUUUCCUAAAGCAGCGAUUCUCCAGCUGGACUACACAUUAGACUUGCGUGGAGCACUUUCAUGAAUGAUUCAACCCCUGGCCCCCUGGCCCACAGAGAUUUGGGUUUAAUUAGUUUUAGAUGGGUCUAGACAUCAGGUGUUUUGGUUUUUGGGGUUUUUGUGUGUUUUUUUAAAUUCGGUUGAUUCCACUGUGUAGCUAAAAUUGAGGACUGCUGCCCUAAAUCAUCAUAUAAUCUAUGCUGACUGCCCUACACUCUAGGCCCCUAGGGACCAGGCAUAUUAUCUUUAUAGGUAUGUUGCAUUUUAAUAAAGGAGUCCUUGAACGAUCAAAGAUAUAAUGGACGUGUGGUUCUCAAAAUGUGGUCCCUUGAUGAGGAUAUCAGCAUCCCCUGGAACUGCUCCAAAAAUCCUCAUUCCCGCCCUCACCUCACACCUAUUAAAUUGGAAACUCUGUGGCUGGGGCCUCCCAGUGGGUGUUUUAAUAAGCCCUCCAGGUAAUUGUGAUGUACUCUAAAGUAUGGAACUGCUAUCAUGGACUCUGGAUUGUACUGAGGAUUAGUCUCAGUUGGAAAACGGAUUGCAGAAGCAUUGUGAACUUUCUCUCUUUGUCUCUUUUUCUGUCUCUAUUUUUCUCCUUUUCUCUAGGAAAGGGUACUCACUCUAAAAGUGAUGGAUUCAUCUUUAAGCUUAUUUUUAUUAUGACUGUAAUGAUGUGUUUAUGACAUCUUCCAGCCCCCCUCCACAAGGAUGAGCACCUCUCACAGCACACCACAGAUCGCCAUUGUCUAUCUUAGGUUUUAUGAGUGGGUUUCAUCUAUAGUAUAUCUAAUUUCAUUUAUUACUGAGCUGCAUUACUGUGGAGCCCGACAGUAUUUGUUUCCUGAUCUCAACCUCAAUGCUACAGAGCACUUUGAAUACAUAGCACCUUAUGAGAAAGAUUGUAAACUUGUUAAUUCUAUUGAAGAAUGAGUUUUGUACAAUGUGCUAAAUGGAAAUUGCAUUGAAUUAUUUUUAUAUUUAACACAUUCCGUCAAAACAUUCUGUAACAUAAUCCUACAAUCUGCAUGUGGGUUUAAGUGUGAAAUUCAGUGUUGGGAUAUUUUGAUUAAAUGACUUUCUUUCUCUGCAAAUACUGUGUUGAUAAAACUAUUUGCAUGUUCAACUGAACUGAUAUCCCCCCCAGUUUCAUUAUUAAAAGCAUAAAGAAGCUAUAUGUUUACAAAGAAGACAUGUGAAUGAUUCUUUAUAAAUAAGACUAGACUUUGAAAAAUCUUCUUUGUCCUUUCCUU